CAACAUAGUUGGGAAAAGGCUAGGCCAAUGAUGAUAACAAAAAUGUCGACGAAAUUUUGAAGACGAAACUACAAUUAAACCGCAGUGACAUUAAUAAUAUGCACGCGGUGGUUUUGUUAUCACUAAUAGUGAUAUCUUCUAGACAACCUUUAAAUUCCAACUAAAAUUGUCAUACAUAUAUUCAUAGAUAUGUUAUGCCUAGGUCUGAAUAACACUGGUGAUUUAACAGUUCGAAGUUCAGUAACAUUUUAUCUGGAUCAUUAUAGACAAAAAUAUUGUUGUUGAUUUGUUAACAUGACUUGAGAACUGUGAUGUGUUUUUUGAGUUGUUUUUUAUGAAUUACUGAAAUCAAAUUUAAAUCUGAAUCCAUAAUUUUAGGAAACGAUGUUAUUAGGAUUCGAGGAACACAAUGUGAUAUUCGGUGUAACUUUUUCGAUAAAAAACCACCAAAAUAGUCAAAAUACUUUAUUUCCUAAAUGAGAACAAAUCAAGGCCUUCCAAGAAAUAUUUUGCAACCGAAGUCACAUAUUUAGAUAUAUUAAAGCGUUUAAUUAGAAAUCAUGUAUGACACAUAGGUUUGAGGUCAAGACUACUGAUAAUAAGUUGUUUAAAUAAUUAAGUGCGAUGCAACUCAUAACAGUUAUAAUAACAGACGAGUUAACAUCUGUCUGUAAAAUCUGUACAGAAAACAUAGUGUAAUAAAAUGAAGCAGUAUCUAGUGCUUGUUGUGUUGCUAAGUGUCGUAGCGCAUUCACAAUGUGGACUUAUCGAUGGACUUCUGGGCACAGUGAAGGACACAGCGCACUCCGUCACGUCCAGUGUGGGAGGUGCUCUACACUACGGCAAGAACAUGGUGUUCGGGAGUAGUGAAACGAAUGCCGAAGGACACACUGUUACAAAACCAGGCAUAGUCGGGAGAAUAACACAUAAAAUCCACGAUGUCUCCGACAACGUAAGAAACGAAAUCCGACACAUAUUCACGAUAACUGAUAACGACGCCCAUGGAGGACUCCUAAGUAGAGCACUUAAUAAAGUCAAGAAAUUAACAGUUGAUAUAAGAGACUUUUUCUUCGGUAGUCAGGUACGAAUCGUUUACAAGCCUGUAAGAUUGAAUAACGAUACUAACACACUUUGCGAUAAACUUAGAAGAUACAUCCUGAGCAAAAAUACAGGCAAGAAUAGUACUGGUUUAAUGCAAACGAUCAUGUCUAUUCAGGAUGCCUUAGAUAGGAUGAAGAAAAAUAUGAGUAAAAAUAGUGAACCGAAAGGUGAAGAACCAAAUUAUGAUGGUACCGGUUUACUUGACAUCAGAACAUUACCUAUAAACAACAACAAUGACGAAAUUCCGUUCGGAAUUCAUCCAAGCUCAGGCGCAUUUGAUCCCGCUCUUAAUAAUGUAUUGGAUACAGUUUCCAAACAAACUCAAAAAGCAGAAAGUUCAAUAAACUCUCUGAAACAAAGCACGAAUGAUUUUCUUGAAAACCAGAAAAAUAAUUUGAAUAAUAAUUAUAAUAGAGUCAAUGAUGGAGCAAGUAAGUUGAAAGGAAAUUUAGACAAUACCCUAAGUAAUGUAGGUAAUUAUGUAAAAACUGAAAGAGAUAAAGCAACAGAUGAAAUGAAGAAUACUUAUAAUAAUAUAAAUAGCAGAGUAAAGGAAGGUGGAAAUAAAAUGAGAACCAAUCUGGAUAAUGCCGUAAAUGAAGGUGCAAUACAUUUUAGAGAUGAAACAGAGAACGCUGCUAAUACUAUAAGUAGUGGUUACAAAAAAGUAGAUUUUGAUGAGAAUAAUCUAUUAGGAGAUAUACACUAAGAACGAGGCAUUAAUUAAUUUAAAGUACGUAAUAAAGGUUAAAUUGAUAAAAA